AUGAAGUCAGCUACUAUUAUCAUCUACGCUUUAUUUUCUCUCGCCAUUACUCAGGCUAUCAGCUUAGGUAGAUUGUCAGGCUUGACGCCCAGACAAGACGAUGCGAACAUGGAUGUUGCAACAUUACCUCCUGGAGUUGAACUUCGAGUUGGAAUCCCACUUUCCUUCAAAGGUAAUUCCAUCUUGGCCAGGAACACACCUGAAGGUACGACCGAAGAAGCUGCCGCUCCAACUACUUCCGAAACUCCCGAAGAGACUCAACCUUCAUCUACUUCAUCUAAAGCACCUAUAACUAAGACACGAACUCAUGUUGAAACUAAGACUGCACCUGCACCUACACCCACUCCAUCUCCGUCUUCCGAAUCAACAGGAGUUCCAGUAGCUACUUCUACUUCCAGGUCUUCAUCCAGCACCGCAGGGUCGUCCACUUCGUCUUCCGUUAGUCUCACCCCAGAACAAACUUCAGCUAUAGAUGAUUGUAAAGGUGCCUGUCCAACCUCUACAGACGAUGCUCCACCUGAAACAACGAGUAAUGCAGCUGUUCCCACUUCCACUUCUACUUCAGCUCCUGCUCCUGAGAAAUCAGAGGAUUGUAACGAAAUGAAAUCAGAAGAAACCACUGCACCUGCAACUACCGAUAAUGCCGCCGCACCAACUACAACCACGAGUGCUCCACCCUCACCGACCACUACUGCGCCAGAAGAAGAGGAAGAAUGUGAAGACGAGGAUGAGGAUGAGGAUGAGGAUGAGGAUGAGGAGGAAGACUGCGAAGAUGAGGACGAGAAACCCGCGGCUAAUAAACCCGCAACAACUACAGCCGCUGCUACCAAGCCUGCUCCCACCACUGAAAAUGCUGCUGUACCUACCACUACCGACACUCACAAAGGCGAUUCGGGAGGCAACGGGGGAAGUGAUAGUGGUGAAGGCGAGGAUUGUGAGGAAGAAGAGAAACCAUCUUCUACCUCCGGCUCCACCGAUCAAGCUGCUGCUCCUACGUCUUCCGAGGCCCCCGAAACUUCUGCAGCACCCGAAACCUCUGAAGCACCAACGACCUCUGAGACUCCAACGACCUCUGAGAAAGCGGCUGCCACUACCACUCAACCUCCCUCCACAUCCGCGACUCCCACCGAGACACCCACAACCACUGCUGAGGAAACCGAGACGUGCGAUUGCGAAGACGAUAAACCUGCGACUUCAUCUUCAGCUCCUCCAAAGGAAGGUGAUCUUCCUCCUGCCGAUUACACGCACGCUCCUGAUGAUGUAGCCGCUUUCGCUCUCCCAACUACUAAAUCGUCGGCCACAGCUGCUUCAGCAAUCGCUUUUGCGCAAAUUGGUGAUGCGACUGCCUCGAGCUACGAUCUUCCAGCCGCUGAAACCAGUGUCUAUUGGAGACCAUCAUAUGGUGCAUAG